GAACAAACCAGUCAUUUCAGUCAACCCCUUCGUCCAUUGCUGCGAAUAUGAGCUUUAGCCGCGUCCUUCGUUCGUCGGCGUCGUCUGUCGGCGUGCGUCAUGCCAGCUCCCUGUCCGAAGUAUUUUCCUCGGUCCCCACCGGCACGCCUGCGUCGCUCUCCAGCGAAGUCACUGUAGGUAAGACCACCAAGGGCCUCGGGUUGGCGUCGUCGUCGCCGGCGUACGCGACGACGGCCACUUUGGGUGUGGUGUUCAACACUGGUUCCCGCCACGAAACGGCCAAGGAUGCCGGUAUUUCGUUGUUGGCCAGCAAGAUGGCCUUCCGUGCCACGAAGGACCAAUCUGACUUGGCGGUAUUCCGUGACAUCGAAGCGAUCGGAGGUUCCGUGUCUAGCCGCGCCGGCCGCGACUACGUGUCGUGGAACAUCACCGUGGCGCCCGAGUACGUGAACGACGCCGCGGCCAUCUUGGCGGAAUCGUUGUUCGCUCCCCGCCAUGCGGACUGGGACAUCAACACCCAAAAGGAAAAGGUCGCCGUGGACGAAGAACUGUUCCAUGCCAACGCCGUCGAGCUCUUGGUGCAAGGCGUGCAUGCCGCUGCGUUCUACGACAACCGCACGUUGGGUCGCUCUAUCUACGCCAAGGACAACUUGUCCAAGUUGAACUCGAAGCACUUGGAAGCGUUCUAUGCGCACCACGCCACCGCCAGCAACUUGGUGUUGGUCGGCCGCAACAUCGCCCAGGCGUCGUUGAUCGACGUGGCCAACACUUACUUUGCCGACAUCGCUGCCGGUCAAGUGACUGCCACCACCCCCGCCGCGUACGUCGGUGGCGAACACCGCACGGCCGCGUCCUCGUCGCAUGCGUACGUGGCGGUGGGGUUCUCUGCCGGCGGCGCCCUUGUCGGCAAGGACUUGCACACCGCGCACGUGUUGGAGCACUUGCUCACCCAGCGCUCGGGUCCGUUCUCGACGGGUUUCGCCGCCAACUACGCCGAUGCGUCGUUGGUGGGGUUGAGUGGCGUGGCCAAAGCGGGCGACGCGUCCGCGCUUACGUUCGCCUUGCUCAAGGACAUCCAAUCGUUGGCCAGCCAGUCCGUGGCGGCUGCCGAGUUGGAAGGCGCCAAGAAGUCGAGCGGCUUGGGCUACAGCUCGUGGGUUGAGUCCAAGGAUGGGUCGCUCACGCAGCUGGCCCGCUCCGCCAAGACCCAAAAGGCCAUCACCGAACGCGAUGUGCAGCAAGGGUUGGCUGCCGUGACCGCCGCCGACGUCCAGGCGUUGGCCCAAAAGCUGGUUGCGUCCAAGCCGCUGUUGGCGUCCGUGGGAAACGUCGCCGCCGUGCCUCGCUACGACGACAUUGUCAAGAAACUGUAAACAACCAGGACGUGGGAUAUCUAGUACUAGAAAUGAAUAGAUGGCCUUUGUCAUGUGGUUCCGUUACGAAGUUUUUGUUGAUGAGUGGUCACUUCAUACGUAGUAUGAGUUGUAGCUGCCAUAACGUCAAACAGGGUGGAACUUUUGGCCUGCUG